AUGCGGAGGAGGGGGAGGGACGAACACGAGGGUCGGGACUAUCGACAGAAGAAGGGUAACGAGGUCAUCCAGCACGACAGCGCCGACGAUGAGUGGCAGGACACGGACGGCGACGACGACGAGGACCUGUUUGAGGACUCGUUUGACUUCCUCGGCCACUCGGGUGCCGAGUCCGAGUCCGACGACGACGACGGCGACGGCAACGACAACAUGCUCGAUUCCAGGAGCGGCGACGGCGGCCAGAAAGCGGCCGGGGCGAGCAGGCCCACGCGCUACGUGGAGCUGCCGGCUUUGCUGACGAUCCUUGUGGCGUACUGGUCGCAGGUCUGGAUGGCCUUUUGGCGAUCCAAGAGCGCGCCAAUCCCGGUCCCCAGGCCGACGACGCCGCCGCCUCCGCCAUCGCGCCAGAGGCACGCCUACCCUUGA